AUGAUUCGAUAUCAAACACUUGUGUUUGCCCUUUUUCUUCUUCCUGUUUUCUGGUGUUUUGAUAGUUUUCUCAUAACUUCAAUCGAAAUUCGUAACGAUGUUGGGGAUAUUAAUUGUACUUCAUCUAAUUUAACAAUCAAUGAACUUGCUUUCAAACCUUUGUGUCAAUUCGAAGAAGAUGCAAACACAAAUAGCUCAUACGUGACAUUGACUUACAAUGAAACUGAAAGUAUUCCAAAUGGAAAGAAUAUAACAUUCAACCUAGAAAGCAGUGUGACUGUCAAAAACUAUGAACCAAGUCAAAACAUGACGAAUUCAGCAAACUAUCAAUAUAUGGGAAUUUUCGUGCCUGACAAGAGUUCAAAGGCAAAUACAGUACUAGUUCGAAAUGUAACUCUGAACAAAGUAGAAGCCCCUGCGACGGCAUUAAAGCCCAAAUUCAGUGAAGCUGAUGUUCCUAUUCCCGUUCCUAUUUCGAAUCAAACCAUUCUAACAAUAACCUACAUCCAUAUUCAAUACGACGACAGUACAAAAAAAGAGGGAAAUUCAAACGGAGGAGCUGUUGCAGUUGCAAUUAUUGAAGGAAUUGCUCUGAUUGCGAUUCUUGCUUAUAUGGGAUACAGAACGAUGGUCAAACAUAGAAUGAAGGAAUCGACUAUGAAUGCGGCUCUUUAUGGAUACGAUAAUAAUUCUAGAAACUCAAUUCGGAUGAGUGAUAUUCCACCACCAAGAGAUCCAACCUACGCGACUCCACCAACACCUACAGUAACCCAACAAACACCAACUAGGAAUACUGUAAUGACAACUCAAGAAUUAGUUGUACCCCCAACACAAAACACUUCUGCUCCCGCACCAACGAGACCAACAACUGGAGCAAACGGACAAUUCAAUGAUCCAUUUGACAGUUUGGAUAGCUGGUAA